AUGUCGAGUGCGCCAGAGAAUGCAAUUACUCACAAAACACACAGAGAACGUAAUGCCGGUCGUAAGGCAGAAAAGAAGAAAGCAAAGAAGAGCCAUGUUGAAGAACUCACGGACAAACAGAAAAACCCAAAGGCAUUCACGUUUAACUCUGCGAUUAAAGCGGAACGACGAUUUAGACGGAAACAAGAUAUAGAAACGAAGAAACAACACAUACCACUGAUUGAUAGGACGCCUCUUGAACCUCCUCCGAUUCUAGUGGCUAUUGUCGGCCCUCCAAAAGUUGGCAAAUCUUUGGUCAUUCAGUGUCUAAUUAAGAGUUACGUGAAACAACCAUUGACUAACAUAGUUGGCCCUGUCACUGUUGUUUCUGGAAAAAAGAAAAGAAUCACCUUCAUGGAGUGUAACAAUGAUAUUAACAGCAUGAUAGACAUCGCUAAAGUAGCGGAUCUAGUAUUGCUCCUGGUAGAUGCAUCUUUCGGCUUUGAGAUGGAAAUAUUUGAAUUUCUAAAUAUUUGUCAAAUUCACGGCAUGCCUAGGAUCAUGGGUGUUUUGACUCAUCUAGAUUUAAUUAAAAAUGCCAAACAGCUGAAAAAGACCAAGAAGGCAUUGAAACAAAGAUUUUGGACAGAAGUUUACGCCGGGGCGAAAUUGUUUUACUUAUCUGGAUUAAUUCGCGGAGAAUAUUUACGCACGGAAGUAAAAAAUUUAGCAAGAUUUAUAUCUGUCAUGAAGUUUAGACCAUUGACUUGGCGUACCAUGCAUCCUUACAUUCUAACUGAUAGAAUAGAAGAUUUAACAUCCGCCGAGUUGAUUAGACAAAAUCCAAAAAUUGACAGGACAAUAAGUUUAUAUGGGUAUGUGAGAGGAAUUCCCUUAAACAAAGAGGCAUCGAUACAUAUUCCAGGCUGUGGUGAUCUGAAAAUCAAAGAUAUCAGUUUCUUGCCAGAUCCGUGUCCUUUGCCGGAGGAGUUAAAGAAACGUGCAUUAGUAGAAAAAGAACGAUUGAUUUACGCACCUUUUUCUGGCGUUGGUGGUAUAGUGUACGACAAGGAUGCUGUUUAUGUCGAAUUGGCUGGCAGUCAUUCUCACAAAGAAGAAGACACGGGUUUGGUUGGUGCUUUAAUGGACACUCGAGAGACAUUGGAUCAAAAGUUACAACACAGCGAGUUGCAAUUAUUUAGUAAUGCUGCUCCCAUAAAGUCGCAGGAUGUUGAUGAAAAUUUCGACAGUUACAAGGGAGAAAAUGUAAUUGACAAUGGCAGGAUUAGAAGAAAGGUUGUAUUUGCCAGGUCAGUAGAGGAUUCUUCCGAUGAUAGCGAUCAGGAAGAUGUCGAAGAUGAUCAGUUAGAUGGCGAUCAAGAGGAGGAAAGUGAGAAUGAUAUGAAGGAGUUAGAUGAAAUGAAAAUAAAAAUUGAAUGCUUGCAGGCAGAUAAUGACGACAGUGUUGAGAAUGUGGAAUCAAGCGAAGAAGAUGAAAAUAAAAUCAAAGAGACGCACAGAAAAAAGGGCAUCAAGAGAAAAAAUAAAGUCUAUGAAUCAGGAAAUGUUAAAAAGAGAAAAAGUUCGUCAAGUAAUACAACUUUAGAAAAUAACGAUGUUACUGCUAAAGACUCUUUGAAUUUGACAGAAGGUACAAUUUCAAACGUAUCAAAUCCUGCAGAUGUGUAUCGUUGUCUGAGCAAGGAAUCGGAUAUCAUGGUAAAGAAUAAGAUCAAAGAAGCGCUCGAUCAAUUGAAUUCAGCUACAAGUGCAACGAAAGAAGAAGAAAAUAGCGAGAACGAAAGUUUCGAUGAAUUGAGCGAUGGGGAUACACGAGAUGGUCUAGAAAUGGAUGAUACAGAGGAGAAUACUGAUUUUCGAUAUGAAACUUCUGAGGAAGAAGAAGAUGAAAAUAUCGAAACUGAUAAUGUGAAAAAAGCUAAAGACGAGAUCGAGAAUAAUGAAGAAGUUGAAGAUGAGAACGAGAAUGAUGAAGAAGUUGAAGAUGAGUUAAAAUGGAAGACGAACCUGGUCGAACAAGCUAGACAAGCAUUCGAGACACGUCAACGAAGUGACAGAAAUCUCAUGAAAAUUGUUUACGGAGUGGAUAGGAAUCGCGUGGUGGAAGAUGAGAAGAAGGAGAAAACUGAGGACGAAAAUGACGAGAUAGGUGGUAUCUUCCGUGUCGUUCACGAGCAACAGAAGCAGAAAAUAUACGAACGAGAGUUACAAAGUCAAGAAGAAUGCAUAUUUUUCCCGGAAACUCAACGGGAUUGGUUGACAGAGGAAAAUAAACUGCUUGUGGCAAAUCGCUUCGUAACCGGGAAAUGGAAAGAGUCGGAAGACGCAGAAGAGCUGUUAAAGUUAGACGAUGUAAACGACGAGGAACUGUACGGAGAUUUCGAAGAUAUGGAAACCGGGGAGAAACAUGAAGCGGAAACUCCAAAGGAAUCAACGACGAACGACGCGGAGGAAAGGAAGAAGCUUCUGGAAAAGAAGAGAAAGUUAAAGGAGCAGUUUGACUUGGAGUAUGACAACGGUGAAUCUAAAACAUAUUACGACGAACUAAAACUCGAAGUUGAAAAACAAGCGAACUUGAACAAGUCGGAAUUUGAGGGGAUGGACGAUGACGUGAGGGUACAGCUGGAAGGUUAUCGUCCAGGCAUGUACGUACGUGUCGAAAUUGAGACUGUACCUUGUGAACUCGUUACGAAUUUUGAUCCUACGUAUCCGUUGAUCAUCGGGGGACUGUUACACGGUGAGGAGAACAUAGGAUACGUACAGACGAGGAUAAAGAAACAUCGGUGGUACCCAAAGAUCCUAAAGAGCAAAGAUCCAUUGAUACUUUCCGUAGGUUGGCGCCGAUUCCAGACGUUGCCAAUUUUCUCAAAGUUGGAGGACAACUUGAAAAACCGAAUGUUAAAGUACACGCCGGAACAUGUUGCCUGUAUGGCACAUUUUUGGGGCCCUGUCACGCCACAGAAUACAGGAGUGCUGGCAGUUCAAGAUGUCGCCACCAGAGUGCCAGGUUUUAGAAUAGCGGCAACAGGCUCCAUCGUAGAGAUGGACAAGAGCACACAGAUCAUGAAAAAGUUGAAGCUCACCGGCGUUCCGAUGAAAAUUUAUAAGAAAACGGCGUUCAUAAAAGACAUGUUCAACUCGGCGCUGGAGGUUGCUAAAUUCGAGGGUGCUAAGAUAAAAACCGUGUCCGGUAUACGUGGCCAGAUAAAGAAAGCUGUGUCAAAGCCAGAGGGAUGUUUCCGUGCAACGUUCGAAGAUAAAAUACUUCUGAGCGACAUUGUCUUUUGUCGAACUUGGUACAAGGUGGACGUACCAAGAUUUUACAAUCCUGUCACGUCGCUGUUGUUACCUGCCGAAGAGAAGAGUCGAUGGCAAGGAAUGAAAACGACCGGACAGCUGAAAAGAGAAAAGAACAUACAUAUGCCCGCGAACAAAGAUUCCAUGUAUACACCUGUUGAGAGAACGGUGAAAGUGUUCAAACCUUUGUCUAUUCCUCGAAGCUUGCAGAAAGAACUUCCGUAUCGAGAUAAACCGAAAUUAAUGCCGACAUUUAAUAGACAAAGAAAUGGCCGAGUAGCUGUGGUACGCGAGCCGAAAGAAGCGAAUGUAGCGAGGCUCAUGAAAAUGAUUAAAACCAAUUAUGCUUAUAAACAAAAACAACUUAAAGAAGCUACUAAGCGAAGAAUCGAGGCACAUCAAGCCCAGAUUGCUGCAGUUGAAGCGCGCAAGCUCAAAAGGCAAAAAGAAUUGAAGAAACACGUAUUCAGAGAACUUAGUAAAUUAGACAAGAAGAAAAGUCAUAGCGUAUAAUAUAUUAUAUAAAUAAAUAUAUGUACAUAAAAUAAAAUAAUUGUUUUUUACUGAGGACUUUUAUUUCAUGAUAUAUAUUACUAAUGUUUUCAUAAAAUGUUGGUAUGUUUUCAUAAAAUAUUAUUUCGUAAUAAAUGAUUUUGUUUUAUUCUCUUUCUCUCUCUCGUUCUCAUAUAUGUAUCAUAUACAUCGGUCUCUCUCUGCGUGUGUGUACGUACGUGUUACGUAUGUAUAUAUAAAUAUAAUAAAAUGUAUUAUAAUAAAAAAGUUAAUAAAAUAUGUUUUACUGCAUUUUAGAUAAGUUACAAAAUCAUUAUAUAUUAUGAAAAUAUAUUAUCAGUUUAUAUAAAAUAAUAACAACAUUAUGUGUAAUAUACUUAUAAUAUAGCUUGUGAUCCACGCCAUGAAGCGAUAG